UGGCAGAACUUCUAUCCCUUCAUUUUACUCUCCUUCUCCCUUCUGCUUCCCUCCCUUUCCCCCUCCCCCUGCUUUCUCUCCCUCUGCACUUUGUGAACUGCUGCUGCAGUGCUGAAGUCCAAAGUUCAGUAACUUGCUAAGCACACAGAUAAAUAUGAACCUUGGAGAAUUUACAUUGCUCCAAUGUAAACAGAUAGCCAAGGGUCCCUUUAUCAGCACUGGCUCAGGACAGUCGUGGGGGGUCUGAAGUGGCUCAAUUUUGUAUUUUGUUUUUUUUGGGGGGGCGUAAAGGCGGGAGGCUGUGCUGUGCCCACUCUGCUGACAGUCGGGCGCGUUACCUCAGGAACAUGGUGUAGGGAAGCUGGAAGCGGGAUAACCUGGAAUUCAGAUCCGAGGGACACCAGCCUGAAGACCAUGGUCUCGAAGCUGAGUCAUCUUCAAGUGGAGCUGCUGGGAGCGCUGCUGGAGUCGGGGCUAACCAAGGAGACCCUGAUUAAGGCACUGAGCGAAGUGGAACCCUACAUGCUCCAGAGUGAAAGUCAGCGCGCCAUCAACGCCCUCCAGACAGAGAAAGGGGAAUCUUGUCCCGAAAUCCCCAAUCUCCCCAAUGGAAUGGGGGAAUCCAGGUUAUCGGAAGAUGAAACCUCUGAUGACGGGGAGGAAUUUACCCCUCCGAUAAUGAAGGAGCUGGAAAACUUGAGCCCUGAAGAGGCUGCUCACCAGAAGGCUGUGGUGGAAAGACUAUUACAAGAGGAUCCCUGGCGGGUAGCGAAGAUGGUGAAAUCCUACCUCCAGCAGCACAACAUCCCUCAGCGCGAGGUGGUGGACACUACUGGUCUGAACCAAUCUCACCUCUCACAGCACCUCAACAAGGGCACUCCCAUGAAGACCCAAAAAAGGGCAGCCCUCUACACCUGGUACGUCCGCAAGCAGCGAGAGGUGGCCCAGCAAUUCACACAUGCUGGCCAGGGUAUCUUGACAGAGGAGCCCAUGGGAGACGAUCUGCCCACCAAGAAGGGACGAAGAAACCGCUUUAAGUGGGGUCCUGCUUCACAACAGAUCCUGUUCCAAGCCUAUGAGAGACAGAAAAACCCCAGCAAAGAAGAGAGAGAGGCCCUGGUGGAAGAGUGCAACAGAGCAGAGUGCAUUCAGAGAGGAGUUUCCCCAUCCCAAGCCCAGGGCUUGGGCUCGAACCUGGUGACUGAGGUGCGAGUUUACAACUGGUUUGCCAAUCGCAGGAAGGAGGAGGCUUUCCGGCACAAGCUGGCCAUGGACACCUUCAGCGGGCCACAGCCCUCCUCUGCUCCCCCUCUAACUCCUCACAACUCGUCCUCCCUCCAGCCACCAUCUGCUCUCUCACCCAGCAAAGUUCACGGAGUGAGGUACAACCAGCAGCCAGCCAGCGAGGCCGAGUCCUCCAGCAGCAACCACCACGGGAACAAUUCCAUGGUGACCACCCAAACCAUCCUGCAUCAGGUUUCUCCCCCUGGGCUGGAGCCCAGCCAGAACCUACUGAGCACAGACACUAAGCUGAUCUCGGCUUCUGGAGGAACUCUCCCCCCUGUCAGCACCCUGACCGCCUUGCACAGCCUAGAGCAAAACCCACACACACUGAGCCAGCAAACGCAGAACCUGAUCAUGGCAUCGCUGCCCGGUGUUAUGGCGAUCGGAGCUGGCGAGACCUCAUCCCUAGCGCCAGCGUUCACCAACACAGGUGCCUCCACCCUCGUGAUAGGCCUGGCUUCAACCCAGCCCCAGAGCGUUCCCGUGAUAAACAGCAUGGGGAGCAGCCUCACCACCCUGCAGCCUGUCCAGUUCUCCCAGCAGCUGCACCCAUCCUACCAGCAGCCCCUCAUGCAGCAGGUCCAGAGCCACAUAAACCAGAGCCCCUUCAUGGCCACCAUGGCCCAGAUACAGAACCCUCACGCUCUCUACGGCCCCAAGUCCGAGGUGGCCCAGUACACACAUACGGGCCUCUUACCGCAGACCAUGGUGAUAACAGACACCGCCAACCUCAGCGCCCUGACUAACCUGACACCAACUAAGCAGGCGUUCACAUCUGACUCAGAAACCCACACAGAGUCUGGGAUGCACACGCCGGUAUCGCAGGCACCGACGAUACAUUUACAGAACCAAGACACAACCAUCCAGCACCUUCAGCCUGGCCCGCGCCUCACCUCAAGCCCUGCUGUGUCCUCCAGCAGCCUGGUGCUGUACCAGAGCUCUGACUCCACCAACAGCCACAGUCAGCUGCUGCCAUCCUCCCACAACGUCAUCGAGACCUUCAUCUCCACGCAGAUGGCCUCCUCCACUCAGUAACCGACAGCCAGCUCGCAGGGACUGCCACGACCAACACGCAAGGUGCAACUCCAGCUGCAUUUGCCAUCUGUCCCCACUGCCUUCCACAGGAAGGCAGGGCUGUGGUCCGCCGACCUCCAGCCCCCACGCCGCACACAAACCCCUCAUUCGGCUGCCUCCAGGGGAGGAGGCGGCACAGGCUCAGAGCAGGAAAUAUGGAACAAUUACGCUGGCACUGCCAGAAUCCACUGCCCCCCACCAAACCCAACCCCACAAACCAGCCUAGAACGACCAGACAUCUCGUGGCUGCCAAAGGAGUCCUAUUAAGAUAGCAUCUGACUGGGAUACGGCAAAAACAUCGGGGCGUGGACGGGACUUCCAUCCCGCUCAGCCUUCACGAGGCUGGGCCUGUACAAGCCUGCCAACACCAAACCAAGCCACACAGAAAAGAGCAAAAUUGAGCUGCCAAAAAAAAGGAACACCGCCUUUAAAACACUCACCUCCUGUGCUGCAAGUAAACCCAAAAGGGAAUUACAAGAAAUUGCUUAAUCUUGGAGGCAAGAGCAAGAACCUGGCUUCCGACUUGGCAAUGAAAAUCACCCAGAAACUGAAUCGGGAAUGGCUGGGCAAGAGCCUGUCAGUACAAGCUGUGGUCACAAACUGUGACCACAAACCACAAAUCCUUUAACUACAAAUCCCAAGCAGUCCCAGCUCAAAAUGACCUAUUCUAAAAUCAUUCUAUCCCAGUGGAAAUGGCUUGGUUAUUUUUUGAUAUAGCUCUGCUUUGUUUUAAAUGCAGAAAUUAAAGUUUAACAGCAGCAAGGAGA